CGCAUGUUCGUAGGCCAGGAAGUGGUGUUUGUUGAAAUUGACAACCAAGUUCACAUCAGCAAACGGUUGAGCAUCGUUCACAUUUAGGAUGUUUUGAAUAUGUAUGGGCUUCACUGAUAACGGAUUAACGAAGAUAAUACACAUAUGUGUAGGCACAGGGGGUCGAUAACAUAAUACUAAGAACGCAAGGAGCACCUGUGUUGAACGUGUGUUCACUGUUUACAUUCCUGAUUCCAUCAUCAAAUCAGCCGAAAGUAGACACACAAAUACCAAAAUGCUUAAACAGAAAGAGGUUAUACAUCUGCUAGACAUAUCAAACCUUCCAGGAUCCCUAAAGAGCAGACAACUAGCAGCAGGGCCAAAGGAUAUACGAAAGUCCAUGAUACAAGCUGGUGACAAACAAAGUGAGGAUGUCAGGAUAAGUGCCGCCAUUGAGAUACAGCGACGUGUUCGGGGAUACAAAGUCAGGUGUGCUGUGUAUAAUGCUGUUGAACCCAAGACCAGCAAUACCGCCGUCUACAGCGACAGCAAACAGCACCUACAACGUCUGAAGGAUGUUGAGAACCUGCUUGACUACAUCACCGUUGAUGAUUACCUAGACGAGGAAGAGCCGCCCACUGAGGACAAGAUGAUGAUAGCCUAUGAAGAAUAUAUGAGGAAACUGGAGUCGAUUGGAGUGGCGUCUGAAGAGAUACCCCAGUUUGAUGAGUUUUGCACAGUAUUUCUUCAGAUUUGGGAGAGCAAAAAACCUCAAGAGUCAUCAAGAGCAACUAACUCACCAUCACCACGACUGCAACAGCGACACUAUCAACACCAACAGCGACAAGACAUGUUCCCACAGCUGUCCCCACAGAAGAGCCUCGUUGUGGUCAAGAAGAAACGAGAAGGGCCAAUACCAGAAACAGAUGCUGUGAUAAUUAUUCAGAGAGCUUGGAGAAGGCACAUUGACAUCCAGGUAUAUCGUUACUACCGAGACCUGAUCAACUUCCGGACCAGGGGAGACCCGGGUCUCAUGCUGAGAUGCAUCAACCCCAACGAGGCCAAGAUGCUGGAUUCGGCAGCGGGCAUCCAUGUGCGCUUCCGUCUCGCUGGAGAAAGAUUUCCCCCUAACAUCUACUACAAGAUCUUCACCCACCGCACCAUCGUGGACAUGUGUGCCAACAGCCCAAAAGACUACACCCGACCUGAGGCUAAGCAAACCAAGGCCAAGGACAAACACACCAAAAACAGGGCAGUGAUUGGGCCAGGCACAGACAAAGAUGGGUGGUAUCAGAGGGUUGAGAACAAUGGCUGGCGUCUGGUGUCUGACCGUCUGAUCCAUCACAUUAUGUCUGACCCAGUCACGUGGCAGACGUCCAACAAGAAAUAUGAAUUCCACCAUGAUAAGUUAGCGAGGAAACAAGAUGUGGAGAAGAGACGGAAGCAGAAGAAGAUAGACUGGAUGAAGAAGAUGUACCGGGAUGGCAUGUUGAAGGCCAAGGCUGAUGACUACGAGACCGUGAAGCUGAUAGAGGGCGCUGCGGCGGGGAUGGUGGCGACUGUGGAGGCGUCAGGACCAGAAGCGCUGGAGGAGUGGGAGGUGGAUGAACUACUGGACUGGACCACCAGUCUCAACUUUGACGACUACUGGACAACAUGGAAGGACCUUGCCACCAGCUCUCAUUCAGAGGCCAAAAUAUCUGACAGACUGAGAAUAGCCACAAACAAUAUGGACCCUUACGAGUUCUCGCUGUCAACUGGCCCAUCUCGCUUCCAGUCAACUCGGCAAUCCCACAAUACACCAGUGUCGACCAGUUCAGGAACCAAGAUCCAUGUUCAUGUGAACAGCUGAGAUGAUUCAGGAGGAGACCCUCUAUGUCUUCAUGUCUCAACAGGAUGAAAUACAUCUUCUCACAUUGUUGGACAACUAUUUCAAGGAGGCAGGCUUUUUUGUGUAUGACUGUUCUAUCUGCCAGUGUUCAAUAUGAAGGGACUACGACUGUGAUAACAUUUCAUGUGUGUACAUAUCCUACGACUCAUUUCUAUUUUCUCUUCCACUUUUGUGGAGAAAAGUUACCCUUCUACUGACUGGUACAUUCAACAUGUUGACUGAUGUGUGGUAUAUUUGGCAUACUGCAGUGACAUAUGGUGUUUUGUAAUUGUAAAUAAAGUAUAGUGUGAUGUGAUCAGUCAUGUUAAAUGAGCUAUAAUCCAGACCUGGAUAUUCUGGAAACCCAUCUUUAAGACCACAAGGGGUACAAAUGAUUGUUCAAGUUCUGUAAAGCCAAUGAUUUAGAUGCCAGUAAGGCACCUUACAAGCUCCAAUGGGCAAGUUUCUGGCGGAAAUUUUCCCCAAGUGAUGAAGUCAUGCCAAAGUCAGCUGGUAGACAGCCAUACAUACAGUUUGUGUACUAGCCCAAAUUGUCAAAAGUUAAAGGUUAGAGGUCAUUUGAUAAUGACAAAACUUAGCUCAGGAACUGGUUUCUGGAUGAUAACUUUCAGAAAUACUGAUAAAUAAGAUCCUUUUUUUUAGUCAGGUCACAUGUAAAUGAAGGUCAUAUGUAAAAAAAGGUCAAUAUGCUCCAACUGAACACAGCUCUUGUAUCGUUCUCCAUUUUAACAUUAUUAGUUUAAUUAUGGACUACAUGUAGUUCUUUGAACCAUCAGUGAAAAUAACGAGCCGGCCCUACACAAAUGUUUUUAAUCUAUGACCUUGCACCUCAGACGAGGCAACUGUGGGAUUUGUAUGAUGACAAGCCAAUAAUUGGUCCUGUAUAAUUUUUUGCUGCUAUAAGUUUUACUAUACCAAAUAAGGUCAGUUUGAUUAUAUGUAUGACAUAUUUAUGUUUACAAGUGUUAUUGAGUGUGUUGAUUUUAAUUUUGACAUACAGUAUACAUGAUUGUGAGUGGUUAUUCAUAUUCACUUUGCCCAAAGACGUUAACUGAACAUGUCAUGAAAUGUUUAGUUUCACUAUUGAAAUUAAAAUAAAAAAUUCAUAU